UCGCACGUUGCGCCCGCGCACCUUACUAAACCGACUUUCGAAUACGAUCCAUUCGAUUUUUAAAUUGUUUAAAAUGUAUCCCGAAACAGUGCUUAGGUGAAAUUGACUGCUUGUUGUGAUACGUGAUUUUAGAUACCAGUGUAUUGGAACGCAUAUAUUUUUGUGAAGGAUUUUUUACGGAACCACCCUGUAACGUAUCAAGAUGGGCUGCAAAUUAACAUUUGUGGACGAUCUCCUGAACAGAUCCUUUUACAAAUUGGGUUUAAUAGUUGGUAGACAACCUGGAUACUUCAUAAUAAUCCCAGUUCUAUUAACGUUACUUAUGAUCACUGGAUAUCAACGGAUAUACUAUGAAAUGGACCCCGAAUACUUGUUUUCUCCAGUCAGAGGACAGGGUAAACUUGAGAGGAGUAUCGUUGAAGAAUUCUUCAAAGUUAAUUAUAGCCACAGAUUUAAUAUUGGACGAAUUACUAGACCAGGACGAUUUGGUCGAGUAAUCAUAGUUUCCAAAGACAACGACACCAACAUGCUACGUACGGAAGUAUGGAAAGAGCUGAGACAGUUGGACGAAUUGGUACAAAAUGUAACAGUCACUCUACCCGAUGGAGAAACCUUCACUUACAGAGAAGAAUGCGCCAAGUGGGAAGGACAAUGUUUCGUCAAUGACAUAUUAAAUCUGGACAAAAUUAUCGGCGAGGUGGAGCGGGGCGAGUUGAAUUUAACAUUUCCAAUAAUGUUUAAUCCUGUCACGUGGGAAGCUCAUGCUUUCCCUGUAUACUUCGGCGGUUCCAAAGUGGUGGACGACACGAUAGUAUGGGUGCCCGCUGUCCAACUGGUUUGGUUUGUUAGAACAGACAACGAUGUGCAAAAACAAAGAGGUGCAGCAUGGGAAGACGCAUUCUUAGAUGCAGUUGGAGUAGCAGAAGACACAGGACGAUUUAAGCAUAUAUCAGUUUCCCGCUUCGCAUCCAGAACCCUUGACCACGAAUUAGAGAAGAAUACCAGAACAGUCAUACCAUUCUUCAGCUCGACCUUCAUUCUGAUGGGCAUCUUCUCAAUAGUCACUUGUAUGAUGGCAGAUUGGGUCCGAUCAAAGCCUUGGUUAGGCUUGCUGGGUAACAUAUCUGCUGUUAUGGCGACAGCGUCCGCUUUCGGUUGCGCUAUCUAUUUAGGCAUUUCAUUUAUCGGCAUUAACUUGGCUGCGCCUUUUUUGAUGAUCGGCAUUGGUAUUGAUGACACAUUUGUAAUGUUGGCUGCAUGGAGACGAGCUUCCCCAAAACUCUCAGUGCCAGAAAGAAUGGCCAUAAUGUUGUCGGAAGCAGCCGUGUCUAUUACAAUCACCUCCGUCACAGAUAUGCUGUCUUUCUUUAUCGGAAUAUUCUCACCGUUUCCGUCCGUACAAAUUUUCUGCAUGUAUUCAGGUUUAGCAGUUUGCUUCACGUUUGUGUGGCAUCUAACGUUCUUUGCCGGAUGUGUUGCUAUAUCAGGAUACCGAGAAAAACAAAAUAGACACACCAUCACUUGGGCAAAAGUAUUGCCUGAGUCACGAGCAAGGAAAGCAGAAAAGUCUUGGUUAUAUAGAGUAUUCUGCAGCGGAGGUAUAGAUCCUGCCGAUCCAGACAAUCCCAUUGACAAUAAAGAACAUUGCAUUAUGGCCUUUUUCCGUACAACGAUGGCAAAUCUGCUCAACAAAGGUGCAGUCAAGGCUCUAGUCAUUGUAAUUUUCAUACUAUAUCUGGCUGGUGCUGGAUACGGAGUAACGAAUUUGCAGGAAGGCUUAGAAAGGCGGAAACUCUCAAAGGAAGAUUCAUAUUCUGUGGAGUUCUUCGACCGCGAAGAUCUUUAUUACAGAGAAUUUCCUUAUAGAAUCCAGGUGGUGAUCAGUGGUAAUUACAAUUACUCGGACCCUGCAGUGCAAGAUGAAGUGGAAACACUUACGCAAAGAUUAGAAAAUACGUCAUACAUAUCGAAUUCCUUAUAUACUGAAUCAUGGCUCCGAACUUUCGUAAAUUAUGUAUCGAGAAACAACGAUUACUUAAACGUAACGAUCGACGAAGAAUCUGACUUCAUUCAGAAUCUUAAAGAGCUAUGGCUAUUCCCUGCAAAUCCAUUCUCUCUGGAUGUUAAAUUCAACCAGGAAGGUGACAAGAUAAUUGCCUCCAGAUUUCUAAUACAAGCGAUUAACAUAAGCGGUACCAAUCACGAAAAAGAGAUGGUAAAAGUAUUAAGAGAUAUUGUUGCGGAAUCACCUCUAAAUGCUUCAGUUUUCCAUCCAUAUUUCAUCUUCUUUGAUCAGUUUGAACUCGUAAAGCCGACGUCAAUUCAGAAUCUAUGCUACGGUGCGCUGAUGAUGAUGAUUACAUCAUUUAUAUUUAUCCCGAAUGUUCUAUGUUCACUGUGGGUAGCGUUUAGUAUAGUGUCCAUUGAAAUUGGUGUAGUGGGCUACAUGGCUCUCUGGGAUAUAAACCUCGAUUCCAUAUCUAUGAUCAAUUUAAUCAUGUGUAUCGGUUUCUCCGUGGACUUCACCGCACAUAUAUGUUAUGCAUACAUGGCAUCCAAAGCGAAAUCUCCUGACGUCAGAGUUAGUGAGUGCUUGUACUCUUUAGGAUUGCCAAUUGUACAGGGGUCGUUCAGUACAAUUCUAGGUGUAGUCGCAUUACUUUUAGCCGACAGUUAUAUAUUCUCAGUGUUCUUUAAAAUGGUAUUCAUGGUAAUAUUCUUUGGAGCAAUGCACGGUCUAUUCCUACUACCUGUACUAUUAUCACUAUUCGGUCCAGGGUCAUGUACUAAAAUACAAGAAGAUAUAAAAACAUCAAAAGUAGAUAAAAAUUUUCCGCAUCCAUAUUGCAUUCCACAUCCACAAUUAGUACUCAAUGAUCAAAUUUUUAAUGGCAAGACUCUAAAUCCUAAUGGAGUAUACAAAAUUUAUGGCGAUGAUAAAGACCUAGGUAUUGGUACUUCUGGCGAAGAUACAAGUGAAAGUAGUUCUAAUCAGUCACAACGUCGACAAAUUGGAGACGACGAGAGUAAUAGAAAGAAAUAUGAAGAUGGCUGGAAGAGAUCCAGUUACUGUCAGAGCACCAGUCAAUUUCAGCCGUCGGGAGAAUUGGAUUUGUAUAGUCACGAAAUAGAUAGAAAUUGGCAAAGACAACGAUACGAAGAUAACCGCAGAAUAUUCGAUAAUUAUAGAAAAGUUCCGAGAUCAAGGGACGAUGAGUGGGUGACGACUCGUAAAAGCAGCGAUACUGGACCAAGGCGUGACAGUACACACAGAGUGAUGCGAGCACAUUCACAACACAACCUACAUAGGCCACGUGCACCUAGACGUACCAACUCACAUCAAAAUCUUGAGCAUUUAGAUUAUGUAGCAGAGAUGAGAUUCCCCUGACAUUGGUCACGAGAGUGCUCUAAUUAGUAACAUAUCAUGUGCUCAAUUUAUGGACCAAAGUAUUAGGAUGCCUUUGUUGGUCGAAUACAGUAAUGUAGACAGCAAUCUACUACAAACGACCGAGGAACAUAAGUAUGUCUGUGUUGUUAUUUUCAUAAUUUAGUAAGUAACAUUAUUUAACGAUUUUAUGUUUCUAAAAUAGGUCAUUAAAACUAUUUAAAGUACCUAUCUAGUAUAUCUAGUAGAUAUAAUCAGUUAAAUUUCAUUAGAAAAUUUGGGGGAAAUAUGAGUGAGAUAUCCCAUUGAAUACCUUCAAGAAUAACUAUAUAAUAUUUUAGUUUAUAAGAUAUAUCUAUACCUAUAAAUAUGAAAUAGUCAUGGGAGCGUUAAGAUAUUACGAAUCAAAUAAGUAAUGAAGAAUUUAAGUAAAUCAAAUAAAAGGAACUAAGCAUAUUAUCUAUAAAUGUAUUGUAGAAAAUACCAAAAAUAUUAUCCUAGCCUUCAUAGAUAAAGGAUAUAGGAUAGAUUAUAUACAUUCUAUCAUGUCAUAUUAAGACAUGGCAUCAACAAAUCAAAAUGGUCCCAGUUUAUCACAAUCAACUCAAAAGAACAAAUAAUGAUAGUUUAAUACUGGCUGAUCUGAAUAAUUUAUUUAAUCUUGCACUAGUUCCUAUAUACUUACAUCAAUCAUAUUUCAUUCGGAAUUUUAGAAUUUGAUAUUCCCGCUAUAAUUAGAAAUGUGAUAUUAUAAUAGGUAUAUUUUACAGAUAUAAAAAAAAUUAUUGAUACAUAUAAUUUUUUAUUCAUGUUGGUAUUUUACUACGGU